CAUACAAUGUUCACUGCAUGCGCACGGCAUAGUGAAUCAUCAAAGACAAUCCUCAGUGGAAAGCCUGCACAGAUCUGUCAUGUUUGUUGUGAAUUCUCAAAUUCUCUCAGUCGACAGACUGUAUUUUUAACAGGAGUAGAGAAGUUGGUUUACCGCAUGAGGUAUGCUGCAUAGGAUUUUACCAGCUCUCAUCUGUGUUGUGUCUGAAAGAUCUGUGUUCCAUCAUCCACGUGUGUUGUCCUCCCUGACGGUCUGUCUACCGUGCAGUGCGUGCUUCCAUCAAAGGCAUCGUCACCUUUCUAAUGAGACGAAAAUGACAUCCCAUGGACCUGCAAAAAGACUGGCUGGGCAAAAGAAAAGUGUUUGGACUGAGUUUGUCAAACUGAGCUCCGAGACCAAAGCCAUCAAUCUUGGUCAGGGGUUCCCUGAUUUUGCUGCUCCAGACCAUGUCAGGAAGGCCCUCAUUGAUGUAGCAACCAGCUCCAAUCCUCUCCUUUUUCAGUAUACAAGAGGCUUUGGUCAUCCCAGGAUGGUGAAUGCCAUAGCAGCAUUGUAUGGGAAGCUGAUGGGACGAGAGAUUGAUUCCAUGGAGGAGGUCAUGGUCACUGUUGGUGCCUAUCAGUCACUCUUUUCCAUCUUUAUGAGUCUCAUCAGUCCAGGAGAUGAGGUGAUCCUUAUUGAGCCAUUUUUUGACUGUUACGAGCCCAUGGUGCUGAUGGCUGAGGGUACUCCCAGGUUUAUUGCAUUAAAACCCAAAACCGACAAUCCAGAAUCAGCCGAGGAUUUUGAAUUAGACCCAGAGGAACUGUCUGGAUUGUUCAAUGAGAAGACCAAAGCCAUAGUUGUCAACACUCCAAACAACCCCCUUGGAAAGGUUUACAAAAGGAGCGAGUUGGAAAUGAUUGCCAAUCUAUGCAAGAAACACGACACACUGUGUAUCAGUGACGAAGUCUACGAAUUCAUGAUCUACCCAGGCCAUGAGCACACAGCUACUUUGCCUGACAUGUGGGAGAGAACGUUAACUGUCUGUAGCGCUGGCAAGAUAUUCAGUGUAACAGGAUUCAAGCUUGGCUGGACCAUAGGGCCACAGUACCUAAUAGACCAUCUGAAAACAGUCGGUCAGAAUUGCGCUUACACCUCGCCCACUCCGCUUCAGGAAGCCGUAGCACAAAGCCUGGAACUAGAAAUGUCCCGUCUGGGCCAACCAGAUUGCUACCUGACCAGCCUAGCCAAGGAGCUGGAGGUCAAGAGGGAUAAGCUGGCUAAUUUACUUCGGGGAAUUGGCCUGACUCCCAUCAUCCCUCAGGGCAGCUACUUCAUGCUGGCUAAUGUCAGCCACCUAGAUUUAGAUUUGUCUGAUUCCGGUGAUGGGCCGAAAGAUUACAAGAUUGUCCGCUGGAUAACCACAAAAUUGGGUGUUGCAACAAUUCCCUGCAGUGCCUUCUACUGUGAAGAACACAAGUCCUUUGGAGAGAAGUACAUUCGAUUUUGCUUCAUCAAGGAGGACAGCACUUUGGAUAAGGCUGCAGAGAAACUUAUGAAAUGGAAGGCUGGUGUGUAGGAUGGAAGUACUCUAGGAAGAGGCUGUGCCGUGGUCUCACCCAUUAACAUUACUGGUAUCACUGGUUGUUGACCAGGAACCAUUUGCCAUUGUUCUUUCACUGAAAAACAAAUAUUUCAUUCUUAUGCAAUGGACUCUUUUUGUGAGGGAGGAAGAAUCAGUGCAUUGUUACCUGAAACAAUGUCUGGGGAGCCAGAUGUGAACUAGUCAAUAAAUGCACAUAUGGCACAGAUUGCUGAUAACUAAUUGUGAUUGCACUGCUCCAACUUACAAAGGUCUUAGUGUCUCCAGAUGUGUUUGGCUGAGCUCUCACUGAGCUGUCCUUAGUGAGAGGUGACUCAAGCACAGAGUACAUUCAUGUGUAUAAAUGUUGCAGGUACAGUGAUACACAAAUGGAUAUAAGUACCUAGAAUUGCUUGACUUGCUGUGAUUAUUACCAUGCCUAAGUGUCUUUACCUGAUCUACAGUCAUCUGCAAAAGUUUAAGACCACCUUGAAUUUCAUUGGUAUUUCUGUCACUGGGCCUGCAUUACACUGUCUCACUGAACGA